AUGCUGUGCUACCGCAAGCGUUCGAGGACGGAGCUUAAGGAGAUGCCGUGGGAUCGGUGGCUGUCGAGCCCCGUCCCUAAGGGGCUCACGCCAGUGGAGGAGAAGCUGAUUGCGCUAAACUCGUGUUACGGGUUCGUCACGAGGUAUAGCGUCCCGGGCGGCCAGAAGCAGACGCUGAGGUACCCCAAGCACGUCAAGGGCCACAUCACGGUGUUUCCGAACAAUGUACAAGAAUUGGUGACGAAAGUGCUGCCGCACCCUCUCCUGCAGGUGAUGGACGAGAUCCACAUCUCGUGGCAGGGGGCGGUAAAGCCGACACCGAGCGACCUAUCGAGUCUCUUGUCUGUGAGGCGGCGCGUUGUCGAGAGGGCUCUUGUUUGGCUGAAGAGAAACAACCCACACUAUGCCGAGAUCGAGAUCGACGCGGCUGAGAUGGAGAGCUGGGGAGAGUCGGCCCACGGGGUGCCGCCGUCGGUGUACGGGCGCCUGGAGCGGAACGAGCCGUCGGCAUGGGAGAAGACGCGGACGGCGCAUAUCGUGCCGCCCACGGAGCGGGCCAUGGACGACGAGGGCGCGGUAGAGAUCGAAGAAGUCCUGUCUCUGCUCAACCAAGGGGGAGGAAGCGCGACGAUUCUCGAGGACGACGAGCCAGAGUCAAUCGAGGUAGACGAGGCGCGUGGUCAGAGCGGCGACGAGGCUAAUCACGAUGCGGAGACGAUCAACGAGGUAACCUCGUCGGGAAUGUUUGCGUUAGACGGGCCGCCCGACGUCGCCGACGUGGAUAAAUUGCGCUUCGCAUGUGAUGCCGUCCGCGAAGGGGCGGGCGACGACGGCGGCGCGGGUCCGAGGACCCUCCUUUUCGCGAAGACCUUUCCCACGCUGUUGCCAUUUGGCGUCGGAGGGCCGCGACCGGUCGAAGAAGCAGCCGUACAACUAGGCAGAGGCACCGCCGACAUACGCGAGCGGGAGGCCGCGACGCGAGAGCUCGUGUCGUCUCGGAACAUGAGCCUUCGGACCUGGGCCGACACGGUGUUACGACGCCACGGUGGCCGGUUCGCGACGCACCACAUCUUCGCCUUCCUCGUCUUUAAUAUAGGCGUGCGGUCGAGGAACCGCCGCGUCAGCAUGCUAAGCGUGACGAGGAAGAACUUCCGCAAGGUGGAGCGCAUCGUACGGUCGCUAACCGCGGACGGAUUGGCGGCGGCCAGGGCCGAGCUAGAGAGCACAGGCAAGACGACCGAUGAUGCGGUGAAGGAGCUGCUCAGGAGCCUUUCGCUGUAUGGGUAUCGUCAGCCCAUGUCGAGGGAGGUCCGUCUCGGGAUGCGGCAUAGGAUCCUGGCGCUCAUCGUCCGUUACGGCGUGCCCGCCAUCUGGUUCACGAUCAACCCAAACGACAUCACGAAUCCGGUAAAGCUCCGACUAGCAGCGUACCGCGCGCGCGACCCCGAAGCGGCCGAGGAGUUCCUACGAAGCCUCGAUAAGGCGUUCAAACGUGUGCGGCUGUCCGUGUCCGACCCGAUGAGCUCGGCCGUCUUCUUCCACCGCGAGAUGACGCUGUUCUUCGAGCAUUACGUCAAUGCCGGGGGGGAGUCGGUCUUCGGCCGCGUCAGCCAGUAUUAUGGCGCCGUGGAAACGAACGAGCGAGGCUCCCUCCACGUGCACGGGCUGCUCUGGCUCGAGGGAAACGCCCACCUCAGCUCGAUGCUUGCCGACUCAGACGGCGGGGAACAAGCGGCAUACCGCGAGCGAAUCGUCCGCUACGUCGAUAGUGUCUUCAGCGAGGACCUGGACCAGGAAGGGUUCUGCGCCGUCGAGGCAGAGCGUUCGGUGACGUCCGAUAUCUCGUCCCUGCUGAACAGGGCCGAUCAGUUCUCGGCCUCGUUCGAGGAGGAAGCCAACUUCUGCGCCGGCGCGACCCAGAUCCAUACCCACAGCCCGACAUGCGUCAAGUACUCCCUCGGCAGCAAGGGGCGGAAGGGCGCCGACCUCUGUCGCUUUAAGGCACCGUGGGAGCGGGUCGAGGAGACGACCCUGUCAGCGGACGGCGUGCUGCGGAUCCGCAGAACACAUCCCAUGGUGAACCGGUGGAACAAGGCCAUCGCCGUCGGGCUCCGUCACAACCACGACAUUUCCUUUAUAGCGACGCAGCGGAAGACCAUGGCGCUCGUCUACUACGUGACCAAUUACGCGACUAAGGUGGAGGACCCGACGUGGAAGCGCGUCGCCGCCGCCGCCGAACUGCUGCCCGUCGUGUCGGCCGGUAGUCAGCCGGGUGCCGGGGAUGACGUAAGUAGCGGCGUCGUCGGCGACGGCGAUGGAAGGAAAACAAGACGCGGCAGUUUCUCGAGAGUGGCGAAUCGGGUGUUCACGGAGCGGGCGCUGUCGCAAGUCGAGGUCGUCGCCCAUCUGCUGGGACACCCGAGCGAGUUCUCGGGAAGCAGCGCCUGGGCGUACCUGAACGUGUCGGUGCUAUACUGGCACGUCUCGAGGCUCUGGCGACACCUUCGGCAGCAGAGCGGCACCGCGGCGGUCGAAGACGUGUCCGUCGCGGACGAGUCGGUCGUCGUCGAACAAGCAGGCGAGAGGAUCAGUUUCGCCGAGGCCUAUCAUCAUCGCGGACAUGUCCUACGAGGCUUGUGCCUAUACGACUAUGUUUCGCUCGUCAGGCUCCAACGCGUCGGCAAGGCCGGCUGCUCCGGCGGCUGGGGAGAGGUGCCGUUCGAGAGCGGCUGGGUGGCCGGUAAAGACUGGGUCCAGGUGCUAAGGCGGCCGGGAAAGUACGCCGUCGUCUGCCUCGACGGCUACCUAAGCAAGGAUUUCGAGCAGGACGACGAGGAAUCGGCUCAUCGCAGGGCUGCCGUCCAGCAUCUUGCGCUAUUUGUGCCGUGGAAGCCUUUCUCGGCGAAGAAGAAGGGGACAUCAAUGAGAUAUGGAGGCGGGCGCGAGCUGCUUCCGCCGAGAAUCUCGUGCCUCGUCGACAACGUUCAACUGCUCCGGCGGUCCGCCGAGGACGCGAGGCGAGACGCCAAGCACGCGGCCGGGGCGAACCAGAUCACGGCGGGAUCGCGCGAGCUCUCGGGUAUGAUACAGCAGCUGUGCCGCUUCCAGCAGUCAGCGCUGGCCUCGACCGCCGAGCUCGAGGCCUCCAUCGUCAGGAACGGGGCGGGAGGCGCAUCGACUUGCCGGGGCGGGUCUUUUCCGGGGCCGCGGUGCCGCCGCAGGACCAGGUCAAGGCCAUCAAGUCGCAGCAGACGAGCGCCUCGAGGAGAGGUGAAGAUGAUACAGGGUAUACAAAGCAUGGCCACGGCCCACGGCACCGAUCGUGGCGCGGCGGAGCGGAGUGUGCUGACCGGCUUCGGCGAGGAAGGCGUGCAGAUAACGGCGGCGGAAGCCGAGGAGACGGCGGGUAACGCCGAGGCCGGCAUGGAAGUCCGCCUCGGCCCGUCGACCUCGUUCCUCGAGGCCGGAAAAGGCUUGACGAGACGCUUGACGCUAAACAGGAAACAGGCCAUCGCCUUGUCCAUAAUAUGCCGCCACCUUGACUUGAUGCGGCGAGGAGACGGAGGGGGCGACGUCAGCCAGCUCUGUCAGUUCGUCGGCGGCGAGGGCGGUACCGGCAAGUCGCGCGUCAUCGAAGCACUCGUCGGCCUCUUUGCCGCUAAGGGCAUCUCGAGCCGGCUGCUGAUCACGGCGACGUCGGGGACCGCGGCGGCCCGGGUCAACGGUAUCACCAUCCACCCGCCUGCGGCUUCACCAGGACCAAGGGCCGGGCGCGAACACGGCGAGGAGGUCGACGGCGUACGGCUGCCGAGGCAGGCGGAGCGGUUCGUCGACGGCGAGUCCCGCAUGGACUGGCAGGACAAGGAGGUGCUCGUCAUCGACGAGGUAAGCAUGCUCGGCGCGCGCACGCUGCACGCCGUCAACGAGCGGCUCUGCCAGCUGCGGGGGUCGCAGCGGGACUUCGGCGGGAUCCCCAUCGUCCUCUUCUGCGGGGACUUCCACCAGUUCCGCCCGGUCCAGGAAAGGUCGAUCCUACUGCCGAGCUCGGCCGUCUCGUGGGACGAGGACUACUCGUUCAGGGCCGAGCAGCGCCACCAGCACGACAAGGCGCACGCGCUGUGGAAGCGGUUCACCACUGUCGUCAUGCUGGACGAGCAGAUGCGCGCCGCCGGCGACCCGGAGCUGCAGAGGCUGCUAAAGCGGAUCCGACUGGGCGUGCAGGAUCACACCGACCUAGACCUCCUUAACUCAAGAUGCUACCGGGAAGGCAGGCGAAUCCCAUUCCAGAUGCAACGACGUUUGACGAUACGCAUCUUCAUCUCCGAGCAUAAGUGGAAGGAGGGGCUGCCGACCGAGGAAGAGGCCAUCAUGAUGCUAAACCAGGGCGACGACAGCGCGACCCCAGUGCCGGGCGUCUUUAUGUUUGUGGCCGGGAUGCCGGUCGUCGUGAACCACAACACCCACCAGGGGCUGAAGCUGGUGAACGGCGCCAGCUACACGGCGGCCGAGGUCAUCGUCGACAAGGUGCACCCGGCGCAUCGCAUCUCGGCCGAUAUGGCGAUCCACUUCGGGCCGCCGGCGGCGAUCAUACUAGGGUCGGAGACGACUAAGGACUUCCACUUCGUCGGGAUGCCGCCCGGCACGAUCCUGCUGACGCCUAUGAGCGUCAGGAUCCAGUGUCACCGGAAGCGACCGUGGCAGCAGAAGGAGGUCACCCGCAAGGGCCUGCCGUGCGCCGCGGCCUUCGCGUGCACCGAUUAUAAGGUGCAGGGCGGGACGCUCGAGCGUGUCGCGCUCGAGCUGCGAGGGACGAGGACGACAAACGUCGGUGGACGUGCCGUCCCCUCGCAGUGCGACCCUUACAGCCUAUACGUGCAGCUGUCGCGGUGCCCGACGCUCGACGGCAUCAUGCUCGUAUCGGAGGUGCAAGAGAGAGACUUCAACCGUCCGGAGGCGCUGCGCUGGCUCGGCGACGACUUCGAAUACGCGUAG